AUGUCACAAACGCCCCGAAGCACCGUUGGUACGGCGAGGUCCUGGCACAGUCGUCAGACUGAGAGAACUGGCUGGACCGACGAGUCAUAUAAUGCACACAAUCAGGGACUGGAAGAAGUUGAAGAGGCCCGAUUACGACCUAACACUAAUGAGGAAUUCCCAUGGCUAUCGCAAGAAUUCGAACCCAUCCGAGUGCCGAAUGCGAGAACUAGGAGUCCGCCACAAUGGUAUCGAGAAGGACAGAACGCGAACAAAGAUCUGGAGAGUGGUUCCUCUCAACGUUCAGGACGUUCAGGACGAUCAGUACGGAGCGGACCACGAGAGAGCAUCGUCGAUCUUCACUUGAUCGUCUCCGACCUCGAUUACUAUGCUGGUGCCGUACACGACUUCCAGGUCGCCGAGGAGGAAGCAUUCGAAGAGGAGGAAUGGGAGGACGAGAAGAUGUCUCUUGGUGACCACGAGCGUUCAACCCAAGCCGAUGGCAAUUUUGGUCAGAUCCAAAUCAUUCGUGGGGCUUCAAAGAUGGGCAGGAACGGCACCCUGAAGCGCGGACCUUCCAACAAGUCGAACAAGGGCGAGAAGGAUAUCAACCUGGUCACUUGGGAUGGCGCGGAUGACCACGAGAACCCCAAGAACUGGACGACAAGAAAGAAGUGGAUGGCCACCUUGACGGUAUCACUCUUCACCUUCAUUUCGCCCGUCUCCAGUUCCAUGAUCGCUCCGGCUCUCGGCCAGAUACAACAGGACCUCCAUGUUUCAAGUGCUUUGGAAGCCGAACUCUCCCUCUCGGUUUUCAUUCUAGGUUUUGCCGUUGGACCCCUCUUCCUGGGUCCCUUGUCAGAACUCUUUGGUCGGAGAAUCAUCCUCCAGCUCAGCAACCUUUUCUACAUCGUCUUCAACCUUGUCGGGGGAUUCUCUACCAAUGUUGGCCAAAUUAUCGCUUUCCGCUUCCUCUCCGGUGUCGGUGGUAGUGCACCGCUCGGCAUCGGAGGAGGUGUACUCGCGGACAUCUGGACUCCAAUGGAACGUGGCCGCGCAAUGGCUCUCUAUUCACUCGCUCCCUUGCUGGGUCCCGCCAUCGGCCCCGUCGCAGGCGGGUUCAUCACGGAAUACUCUACCUGGCGCUGGGUCUUCUGGUCCACCACCAUCGCUGCCGGUUGUGUACAAGUGCUCGGCUACUUCUUCCUCCACGAAAGCUAUGCAGCAGCCAUCCUCACCCGCAAGAAGAAACUUCUCAUCAAGAUCACGGGCAAUCAAGGUCUACACACCGAAUUCGACAACCCUUCGCGCAGUUUCGCCAACCACAUCGGAGUAGCGUUCAAGCGUCCUUUUAUUCUCCUCUUCACUCAACCCAUCGUACAAGUCCUAGCCGUCUACAUCGCAUACGUCUAUGGAGUCCUCUACAUCGUCUUAGCUUCGUUCCCGGAAGUCUGGAGGAGAAUCUACAACCUCCCGCCGGGAGAGACGGGACUCAUGUAUAUUUCACUCGGAUUGGGAUUCUUCAUCGGAACCCAGAUUGCCGCCAAAUUCGCCGACAGGAUUUACAAGAAACUGAAAGCCAAGAACAACGACGUCGGACGCAGCGAAUUCCGCGUCCCGCUCAUGUUCCCGGGAGCGCUCAUGGUCCCCAGCGGCCUCAUCAUUUACGGCUGGGCAGCGCAAUACCACACCCAUUGGAUCAUUCCCAACAUCGGAACCGCCAUCUUCGCAGCGGGGAACCAGUUGGUUUUCCAGAACUGCCAAACAUACCUCGUCGACUCAUACACCCGCUUCGCAGCUUCCGCGAUCGCUGCGACCGCGGUGUUCCGAUCGCUAGGUGGCUUUGCGUUCCCGUUGUUUGCGCCUUAUAUGUAUAAUGCGCUAGGGUACGGAUGGGGCAAUAGUACGCUUGCGUUUGUGGGCAUUGCGGUGGGAGUUCCUGCUCCGUUCUUUUUGUGGUGGUACGGGGAGGCUUUGAGGAAGAAGAGUACGUUUGCUGCUGGGUAG